ACACGAACAAGUCGCUUGACUUCCCCCCUCCGUCCCAACCGCUGAACUCUCCGCCACCGCACGGACUGUUCAGAAACUGAGACAAAGCUCUGAAAUCUUCUCACGCCACUACCAGAUAAGGCAAAAACAUUCUGCUCCAACCCCUCCCUCCAUGAAGGCCUGAUUCCCCCAUAGAAGGAGCAGACCCACAUACCCCCCACCUUCAAUCCCUUGCAGGGCACCGCAAUUCUUGACUCAAUUUUUGAAUUGGAGGCUCCAUUUUCAUCUUCCGAUGAGCUUAGUCCCAAGCAGGGCUGGCAACCAGAAAAAGGGUACCUUGACUUCGGUGGAGGCUGCAUGAGUUGUGGGGAAGGAUUCAGCGGGUCCUUAUUGUUCUUCAAGGGCAGGAACUUGAAGCUGCUACUGCCACCGCCAUGCUUAUCGUCUCCUCCGCAGUGCGAAACCCAGUCUCGGUUCGCGAAGUUUGUCGUUUUUCGCAGCAUCCGGCUCGAGUUCGCCCUCGCUUCUCUUCUCGCCGAUGGCUGACCCUCAAUCCUCCGCCUUUCCCUUCCAAAAGGUUUCAGAAAUUGAGUUCGAGGUGUUCCAUUACUAACACCGAUGUGCAAUGCAAUCACGUUGCUACCGAAAAUCAGGUCCAGGGCGAUGCAGCGCUGGAGACUGAAUGCUCGGUUCCUAUUGUUCACCUCAAGUCCGAUAUCCUGGAGGCAGACUCCUCGGCUUUAUUGACUGAAGGCACUUAUGUGGAUAGUCUUUUGACAGUACUUCCUGUUCUGUCGGAGGAACAGCAAAAUGCCCUUGCUGCAACUCCAGCUCAUCCUGCGGGAUUGUACUCGUUGUAUGCGAGUUGUGUGGCUGGGAAUUUGGUGGAACAACUUUGGAAUUUUGCUUGGCCCUCUGCUAUAGCAUUGCUCCACCCGAGCCUUCUACCAGUCGCCAUCAUGGGAUUCUUUGCGAAGCUAGCGAUAAUUGCUGGAGGCCCUUUAGUUGGAAAGCUAAUGGACAGUUUUCCAAGAUUGCCUGCAUACAAUUUUUUGAACACAGUCCAGGCGGUAGCUCAAUUGAUAUCGGCAGCAAUGAUAAUUCACGCUCAUUCUAUGCCUUCUGUUUCUGCAUCACCUUCAUCCGUUCUUCUUAAACCUUGGUUCAUUGCUCUUGUAUUAGCCGGUUCUGUCGAAAGGUUGUCGGGCAUAGCACUGGGUGUCGCCAUGGAUAGGGAUUGGGUCGUUCUGUUAGCAGGAUUAAACCGGCCAAUUGCACUAGCGCAAGCGAAUGCUAUCCUCAACCGAAUCGAUCUUCUAUGUGAGAUUGCUGGAGCAUCAUUGUUCGGCAUCCUACUGUCCAAAUACGAUCCUGUGAAGUGCUUAAAGUUUGCUGCUGGUUUAAUGAUAUGCUCAUUACCUGUGACUGUUGUUCUUACGUGGUUAACUAACAAGCUUUCUAGUGGGGUUCUUGAUCGCCCCAAGUGCCCACAAUGCGCUAACGGGCCUCCCCCUGAUACUGAUAUUGAUAUUAUAGGAUUGGAAGCUAUCAAGCUCGGGUGGAAAGAAUACAUUCAACAGCCUGUUCUCCCUGCUAGCCUCGCCUAUGUACUUCUCUACUUCAAUGUUGUUCUCACUCCUAGCAGCUUGAUGACAGCAUUUUUAACCCAGCGUGGUUUGAACCCCUCCGUUGUUGGAGGAUUCAGUGGAUUAUGUGCUUUCAUGGGUGUUGCAGCAACAUUUGUAUCUGCAAACUUAGUCAAGCGUCUUGGAAUAUUAAAGGCUGGGGCUGCUGGCUUGAUAUUCCAGGCAUCACUUCUCACCGUUGCCGUUGCCGUCUAUUGGAGUGGAUCUCUCUCCCAGCAGUCGCCUCUCCUCUUCUUCCUGUCUUUAAUCGUACUAUCGAGGCUCGGGCACAUGUCCUACGAUGUGAUAGGCGCCCAGAUCCUUCAAACGGGGAUCCCUUCGUCCAAGGCCAAUCUCAUCGGGACCACAGAAGUAUCUGUGGCGAGCGUGGCAGAGUCCAUAAUGUUAGGGGUCGCGAUCAUUGCAAAUGAUGUCUCGAACUUUGGGUUUCUGGCGAUGUUGUCUCUCCUGUCAGUGGUCGGGGCAGCAUGGAUGUUCUGCCGGUGGUUGUUGAAUCCGACAGACGAACAAAGAGAACUCUUCUCGUUCGACCCACAGUUUUAAUGGCUUGUAAAGUUUGUAUAUGUAGGCACAGGCUUGUAGUGUUAGAAGAUCCUCCCAUUGUUUUAACCUCAUACCAAUUUUUAUAGCUACGAAUGCGGAACAUUUUCGCUUUCACAGUAUCCACGAGAUCUAUUCAGAAA